UUCCGGUGAAGUUUACAUAAAUAGAGACGUUCAGCAUGGACACAGUAACAGUUUGCUGAAGUUACAUAAACCAUCCGGAUCUUCAGAAGACUUUGAAACAUCCAUUUUCCCAAGCAUGGAUUUGAAGUUUCAACUGUGCGUGUUGGUACUUAUUUUGGGAAUCACAGUGGACGCUUACCGUUUCAGUCCCAGAAGUAAAGUUGCAGCUGAUAAACGAACUGAAAGCUGUGACUGGCCUUACGGAUAUUGUGUUUACAUUCAUGAUCCAUGUCCACCAGACGCACCGAUUGAAUGUGCUAAUGGAUGUCGAUCUCCCACAAACAAAUGUUGCUGCCGUCACCCUUUUUGAGGAAGAAUUAGCUGAGGAUGGAUCAUCAAACGCAUCGGCUUUCAAAGAGAUAAACAUCUGUUCGUAACGAUUCGUAAUGAAACAUAACGUGACGUGUAGUUAAUAAACGAUACAAUUGUUAGUUAAAACUAGCUGCAGCCUGAUGCAAAAUAA